CCUUGGCGUGCCGCCACCGCAGUGCUUCCAUCUGUCGCUAGGGGGCGCAGCACCGGCGGAAGCUCUGUCUAGAGCGAAGUAGAAGAAGCAACGCGCUGCGCGCAGGCGUACGGUGGAUUUUGCCCUUACCGCUUGCCUGUGGUUCCCCGGUCUGAGGCGGGGCGAGGGCGUAGUGCGCAGGCGCAGCGAUGACAUCACCCACGGAACCGGAAGUCGGUGCGUCCGCGCCGCAGCGGAGAGCUUCUAGGGUUCCCCAAAGCCAGGAUGCACGUGUGUCCCUCCCAGAGUGGAGAAGAGCCUUGUGAGUCACUAGCUCCACCAGGACCCUGGCGACUGUCUUUCACCUGCAGUUCCAUGCCAGGAAAGAGGAGGAACAUUCACUCUUGGAAGAGAAACUAGGCCAGGCUUCUUACCGCCGGAGGCGACAUGGUGACCAGAACUGAGGCCACCUGGAGACAGCACUGUGACUAGCACCAUGCCCCCUCCAGGGACCAGGGAUGGGAGGGACCACCGAUCCCGCCACCGGGCUCCCAAUGCCAAAGAAGCCCCCGAGAAGUGGGACUGGAAUUGUCCGGAGACCCGUGGCCUCUUAGAAGACGUCUUCUUUGGUGAUGGGGGUUGUAUCCGUCGGGGUUCGGAGGGCUGCCAGAAGUUCUGGGCCUUCUUUGAGCGUAUGCAGAGGUUUCAGAGUCUCAGGCCAUCCAGGAAGGAGGAGACAGAGCCCAAAUCUCCCCCAUGUGGCAUCCCAGCCCUGGCCGACCUCCCUCGCACUUAUGACCCCCGCUACCGCAUCAACCUGUCCGUCCUUGGCCCCGACCCGCGGGGCUCUCGGGGGCCGGCUGCUCGCCUGCCUCCAGAGAGGGUGUCGGAGUUCCGCCGGGCCCUCUUGCACUACCUGGACUUUGGCCAGAAGCAGGCAUUUGCGCGGUUGGCCAAGCUGCAGCGUGAGCGCGCCGCUCUUCCCAUUGCUCAGUACGGGCGCCGCCUGCUGCAGACGCUGGCUGAGCACCAGGUGGUGGUGGUGGCCGGCGACACGGGCUGUGGCAAGUCCACUCAGGUGCCCCAGUACCUGCUGGCAGCUGGCUUCAGUCACGUGGCGUGCACUCAGCCUCGGCGAAUCGCCUGCAUCUCGCUGGCCAAGCGCGUGGCCUUCGAGAGCCUCAGUCAGUACGGCUCACAGGUCGGCUACCAGAUCCGCUUCGAAAGCUCUCGGUCGGAGGCCACCAAGAUCGUGUUCCUGACGGUGGGGCUGCUCCUCCGGCAGAUCCAGCGGGAGCCCAGCCUACCGCAGUACCAGGUCCUGAUUGUGGAUGAAGUACAUGAGCGCCACCUCCACAGUGACUUCCUGCUGGGGGUCCUCCAUCGCCUGCUGCCCAGGAGGCCUGACCUCAAGGUCAUCCUCAUGUCCGCCACCAUCAACAUCGAGCUCUUCUCCAGCUACUUCAGCCACGCUCCCGUGGUGCAGGUGCCAGGGCGGCUCUUCCCCAUCACGGUCGUGUACCAGCCUCAGGAGGCAGAGCCCGCCGCAUCCAAGUCAGAGAAGCUGGACCCUCGGCCUUUCCUCAGGGUGCUGGAGACCAUCGACCACAAGUACCCCCCCGAGGAACGGGGGGACCUCCUGGUCUUCCUCAGCGGCAUGGCUGAGAUCAGCUCAGUGCUGGAGGCCGCUCAGACCUACGCCAGCCACACCCAGCGCUGGAUAGUGCUGCCACUACACAGUGCUCUGUCUGUGGCGGACCAGGACAAGGUAUUCGACGUGGCGCCCCCUGGAGUCCGGAAAUGCAUUCUCUCCACCAACAUCGCUGAGACCUCGGUCACCAUUGAUGGGAUUCGCUUUGUGGUGGAUUCUGGGAAGGUGAAGGAGAUGAGCUACGACCCUCAGGCCAAGCUGCAGCGUCUGCAGGAGUUCUGGAUCAGCCAGGCGAGCGCCGAGCAGCGCAAGGGCCGCGCGGGCCGCACAGGCCCUGGGGUCUGCUACCGCCUCUAUGCUGAGUCUGACUACGACGCCUUCACCCCCUAUCCCGUGCCGGAAAUCCGCAGGGUGGCCCUGGACAGCCUGGUGCUGCAGAUGAAGAGCAUGAGUGUGGGGGAUCCCCGAACCUUCCCUUUCAUCGAGCCUCCUCCUCCAGCCAGCCUGGAAACUGCUAUCCUCUACCUUCGAGACCAGGGGGCCCUGGAUAGAGCAGAGGCCCUCACCCCCAUCGGGUCCCUGCUGGCCCAGCUCCCUGUGGACGUGGUAAUCGGGAAGAUGCUCAUCCUGGGAGCCACGUUUGGCCUGGCCGAGCCGGUGCUCACCGUGGCCGCGGCCCUCAGCGUCCAGUCGCCCUUCACCCGCAGCGCCCAGAGCAGCGUGGAGUGCGCAGGCGCCCGGCGGCCGCUGGAGAGCGACCAGGGCGACCCCUUCACGCUCUUCAACGUCUUCAAUGCCUGGGUGCAGGUGAAGUCAGAGCGGGGCACGAACUCGCGCCGGUGGUGCCGGCGUCGCGGCGUGGAGGAGCAGCGGCUGUAUGAGAUGGCCAACCUGCGGCGCCAGUUCAAGGAGCUGCUGGAGGACCACGGGCUGCUGGCCGGGGCCCCGGCGCUGUCCAGGGACGGCAGCAGCCGGUUGCAGGAGCGGCGGGAGCGGCGGGCCCUGCAGCAGCUGAAGCGGCAGCACGAGGAGGGCGUGGGCCGCGGGCGCAAGGUGCUGCGGCUGCACGGGGACCUGGGCGCGGGCUCCAGCGAUGAGGAGGACGCGGCCGGCCGCGGGGCCCACGACCGCGUGGACAUCCAGGACGUGAAGUUCAAGCUCCGCCACAACCUGGCCCAGCUGCAGGCGGCCGCCAGCGCCGCGCAGGACCUGGGCGGCGAGCGCCUGGCGCUGCUCAAGCUGCUGCUGGCCCGGGGCCUCUACCCGCAGCUGGCCGUGCCCGACGCCUUCAACAGCGGCCGCAAGGACUCCGACCAGAUCUUCCACACUCAGGCCAAGCAGGGCACCGUGCUGCACCCCACCUGCGUCUUUGCCAGCAGCCCCGAGGUGCUGCACUCCCAGGAGCUGGACACUGAGGGCCAGGGGAGCCGAGAUGCCCGGGACAAGAUGAGCCGUUCACACCAGCUCCUCACCUUUGUCUCGCUGCUGGAGACCAACAAGCCAUACCUGGUCAACUGUGUCCGCAUCCCUGCCCUCCAGUCCCUCCUGCUGCUCAGCCGCUCUCUGGACACCAAUGGCGACUGCUCGCGCGUGGUGGCCGACGGCUGGCUGGAGCUGCGGCUGGCGGACAGUGAGAGCGCCAUCCGGCUCCUGGCCGCCUCCCUGAAGCUCCGAGCCCGCUGGGAGAGCGCCCUGGACCAGCAGCUGGCACGUCAGGCCCGGCGGCGGCAGCGACCCGAGGAGGAGGAAGAGGAGGAGGACGAGGAGGAGGAUAGGCUGGUGCUCCGCAGCAAGGAAGUGGCCGCCCUGGGCAGGGAGCUGUUGCAGUUCAUGGCCUCCAAGGUUCCCUACAGCCUGCGGCGGCUCACAGGCCUUGAGGCCCAGAACCUCUAUGUGGGACCCCAGACAGUCACAACUGCCCCUAGCCUCCCUGGUCUCUUUGGAAACUCCACCCUGUCCCCUCACCCCACGAAAGGGGGCUACGCGGUCACUGACUUCCUCACCUACAACUGCCUUGUGAGCGACACGGACCUGUACAGCGACUGUCUGCGCACCUUCUGGACCUGCCCGCACUGCGGCCUGCACCUGCCGUUCACGCCCUUGGAGCGCAUGGCCCAUGAGAACACCUGUGCACAGGCCCCGCAGGACGGUGCAGAGGCAGAGGAAGCCCCGGUGCCUAUCCAGAAGGCGUCUGCCCUGCAGAGGCCUUACCACUGCGAUGCCUGUGGCCAGGACUUCCUGUUCUCCCCCACCGAGGCGCUGCGGCACCGGAGGCAGCACCUGGGACAGCGCCAGUGAGCCCCUUGGGCUGGCCCAUUGUGUGGGUGUGGCCAUGCAAAUACACAGACUGCACCUGUGACCUUGGGGACCAGCCCCUGUGUGGGCGGGGCCAUGCAAAUAAACGUGGCACCUGUGAGCCCCCGUGGCCCUGCCCAUCCAUGGUGAUGCAGGUAUGGUGAGGCAGAGGAGCAGCACAGCCCCGUGGUGUAGGGGUGAUUAUGCCAGGGAGUCCAUCUGACUCUGCCUUCAGAGCCUGUUUCACCAGCAGGACAGUGCAGCAACCUUCUCCCUCCUCCCCCUCCUCCCCUCUCUUGCCUCUUACCCCCUUGCACUGUGAAGCCUGGAUUUGCCCAUCCAUAUGGGUUACUUUGGAAUAAAUUUAUCUUCAUGGCUGUGGAU